GUCUCUUUAUUUCUUUUCUUUUUCUUUUGUUUGUGUGUGAUGUGUUUGUAACACCCCGCGCAAAACGUUCACACUUUCUUCACUCACUCACUAUCCCACUUUCUCUUUUUAUCAUCAUAAAAGGGUUUUGUUUUUUACCAUAGUUCUUGCUCCAUGGAUCCUGAUGUUGUUGAAAUUCCUCCUCCAAUUCACCAAACACCUUCCAGAUUCAAGAAGCAGAAACAGACUGUUUUCCAUGAUGUGAUUGACCUCGAAGGCGAUGACGAUUUAUUGGUACUUGGUGAAACAUCUCGUAAAAGAAGAAAUAAGGGGAAGGCAGUGGUUUCCCCAGGUUUGACGACGAUCACAGAUGAACCUGAAAAUGAAACUUUGAAGAAACUUCGUAGUUUUAAGCAAUUUGAAACUGUCGUUGACAUUUCCGACCAUCACUAUGUUACAAAUAAUUCCUCCAUGAAGCAAAAUCCAAAGAGUUGGGCUAAAAAAAUCCAGGAUGAGUGGAAGAUUUUGGAGAAGCAUUUACCAGAAACAAUAUAUGUGAGAGUCUUCGAAUCAAGGAUGGAUCUCUUGAGGGCUGUGAUUAUUGGGGCAGAAGGGACUCCUUACCAGGACGGUCUUUUCUUUUUCGACGUUCUGUUUCCCAGUGGCUAUCCCAAUGUACCCCCGCAAGUCCACUAUCAUGCUGGAGGUCUUCGGCUUAACCCGAAUUUGUAUGGGAAUGGCAAUGUAUGUCUCAGUCUACUUAACACCUGGUCUGGCAGUAGGAAUGAGAAAUGGACUCCAGGUGUUUCAACAAUGCUACAGGUUCUAGUCUCCAUACAAGGUCUGAUCUUGAAUGCAAAGCCUUACUUUAAUGAACCUGGAUAUGCAAGUACGAGUGGCACACAAAAUGGUGAAGCGCAGUCCCUGAAGUAUAAUGAGAAUACAUUCAUUCUAUCAGUGAGGACAAUGAUGUAUACGAUGAAAAAGCCUCCAAAGAAUUUUGAAGAUCUUGUUGCGGGGCAUUUCUACAGCCGAGCACAUGAUAUUCUGGCGUCAUGUAAAGCAUACAUGGAAGGUGUUCAAGUUGGUUGUUUGGUGAAAGGUGGUGUUCAAGAUGUUGAUGAGGAUGGAGGAAAAAGCUCAGAUAAAUUUAAGGCUGAUUUACUUAAAUAUGUCAAGCUUCUUGUCAAAGAGUUUGAAAAACUUGGAGUGAAGGACUGUAAAAAAUUCAUAUCUCCGACACCGACCCCUUUGAAACUGACUACUCCGAAACCGACUCCUUCGAAACUGCGUACCACUCGCGGUAAAAAGUGAUUCACUUCAUGAAACAUGACUGAUCAAUGAACAUUCUUUUAGAAAACCAAAUUUUGAUACUACUAAAGACUAAUUACAUCAACUGCAUGCAGGUUUUUAGCUUUUAACAUUAAUCUAAUUAAGUAGUUAAAACUUAAAAUAAUUUGUAUAUAUAGUUGCAUAUAAUUAUUUUUUAGUUGGUUAGGACUA